AUGGAUGUUGCGAGCCAAGCAAUCACUAUCCGCACCCCUUCUACCCUUUCUAAAUAUCUCCGUUUUCUUCACUUCGCACCUCGAGCAAAUAUUAAUUCUGGCUCACAGCAGAGAUACUGGGUAUAUCUCUGUGGUGCUUUGGAUAACUGGGGGAAAAGCGGCGCAGCGAUUUUCAUGUCUAACAAGUCACAUUCCGUUGUGAAUGAGUGGAAAUCAGUAAGCGACCGAAUGGCCUAUGCCCAUUUUAAAGGUAUGUUCUGCAAUAUCUCGGUUAUCAGUGUCUAUGUUCCAGUAUUGUCGGCAAAUGAUAGUGAUAAAGAUAAGUUCUAUGCGGAACUUCAACUGUUAAUAAAGUCUAUACCGAAACAUAACAUAGUCAUAAUCGGGAGAGACUGGAAUGCGCGCAUAGGUCAUAAUGAUGCUGCGAUGACUUCUACAAUUGGCAAAUAUACAUCAGAGAUCGGGGAAUGCCUUCUUCGUUAUGCCGAAAAGCAUGAAUUUUUGUUAUUAAUACUUCCUUUCUGCAUCAUAGAAAACAUAUAUAGUUACGUAGAAUUCCACGGAUAA